AUGAUAGAGAUCAUUAUCAUAUUUGAGAGCCCCUUCUUUGUACAAGAUGAAGAAGGAACGGAGAUUGAGAAAGACGACCAUCCACUUCAACCUGGAAAGUAUUACAUUGUUUCUGCCAAUCCUCUCCAGCUUACCAACGAGUCACCCAUUACCCGAAUGAUCAGUCAAGCCAGCGGACCCCGUGUCAAAGCCUUCCAGGAGGCCGUUCGUUCACGAGAUCGUCAAUGUAUCAUAUCCGGGAAACCUGUACCUACGUUUGGUGGGAAGACCUUCUGGGGUGGCUUUGAGGCUGCGCAUAUUUUCCCACUCACCAAAGAAGAUUACUGGAGAGAUCACAACUAUGGUCGAUGGAUCACAAUUCAACCAGCAGAAGGAGGAUCUAUUAACUCAGUACAGAAUGGAGUAUUACUCCGCUCUGAUAUACAUGACCAAUUCGAUGCAUUUGACAUCUCGAUCAAUCCGGAUGACAACUACAAGGUUGUAGCCUUUAGGCCGAUAGGGGAAAAUAUUAAAGGCAAGCAUCUUGAUCGGGAGUUAUUUACUCGCCCUGAUGGGCCUGUUGAUCAGUUUCUACGAUGGCACUUUAGGCAGGCUGUCCUAACGAAUAUGAAGGGUGCUGGAGAGCCGCGCUUCGAACAUGACUUCCCGCCUGGUUCUGAUAUCGUUGGUGAGAUACUUCGGGGUCCGAAGGCGGGUGAAAGAAUGGAAUUUGAGCUGUUCAGCCGUCUCAGUGCUCAAAUGGAGUUGUUUCCGUCGGCAGGUGAAUAUUAG